AUGGGCAGCUGUUGCAUUAACUCAGAAAAAAGCCAUCAAGAGCGAAGUGCGCUUCCCCAUUCUAUCAGUAUGAUACCAGUAAAAAAGAUUUUUAAAUUCGGGAAAACGUUAGGAGGAGGCAGUUUUGGGAUUGUAAAACUUGCACAUAGGAUUACUGAUAAAGAUCCAGUUGCUAUCAAAAUCAUCCCUAAAGAAAAAGUCCAGCAUAAACUAAGUGUUUUGCGUAGAGAAAUUGAUAUUUUAUUGACUGUAGACCACCCCAAUAUAAUUAGAUUGCUGAAUGUAUAUGAAGAUGACGAGAAAAUUUAUUUGAUUAUGGAUUAUUGCUCAGGCGGCGAAUUAUUCACCAGAAUUACUUCAAAAGGACUGAUAUCAGAAGAUGAGGCAAAAAAAAUUAUGAGAAAAAUGCUCAUGGCAAUUAAUCAUUUGCAUUGUAAAAAAAUUGUACAUAGAGACUUAAAGCCUCAGCAUAUUUUAUUUGAUAAGGCUGGGGAAAAUGGGGAGGUAAAAAUCAUUGAUUUUGGGUUGUCAAGCAAACUGGCAAAUCCUUUGGAAUUGAUGCACUCCCAAGUGGGGACGAUUUAUUAUACGGCUCCUGAAGUUAUAAUUGGGAACUAUGAUGAUAAAUGUGAUAUGUGAAGCGCAGGAAUUAUUUUAUAUACAAUGCUGUCAGGGAAUAUGCCUUUUUACGGAAGCUCGAUCCAGGAAGUCUCUAAAGCAAUUUGUAAAGGAAGCUUUUCAAUGGAAGGCGGAAUAUGAGAUCAUGUUACUGAAAAUGCGAAAAAUUUGAUAAAUAAAUUAAUAGUGAAAGACCCUGCUACUCGGUUAUCAGCAGCUGAAGCCAUUCAGCGCCCUUGAUUUGAUUUAUCAAAUGAACCUACUUCAGAGAUCGAUAGUGACAUAAUAGAGUCUCUCAAAAAUUACAGAAAAACCAGCGCUUUCCAAAGAGAAACUGUUAAUAUUCUUAUUAAACACCUGCCAGAAAGCCACAUGGUUCCUAAUGUAAGAUCAUCAUUUUUAGCAUUAGACAAAACUGAUACAGGGCAGAUCUCUAAAGACGAAUUUUCGAAAAUUAUGCUUGACCACAAUUUAAAUGAAGAAGAAAUUGAUGAGUUAUCAUCUGCAAUUGAUAUAAGAAAAACGGGAAAUAUUAAUUACUCAGAAUUUAUAGCAGCACUAUUUUCAGGGAAAAGCAUGGAUGAAGAUAUGAUUAAGCGCGCAUUUGAGUGCUUGGAUAUAGAAAAUAAAGGAUUUAUUGUGAAAAAUGACUUUAAAAUUGCAGCAAUAAAAAUAGGCAAAGAAUUAACUUCUGAUGAGUUCGAAAAAAUUUCUGAGAAUUUUGGAGAAAUAAAUGAUAGGAUUACCUAUGAUCAAUUUAAAAUGAUGAUGGGAGCUUAA